UGGUGUAAGGCUCAGGCACGUGUGAUGGGAUGGGAUGAGGAGGUCGACUUGCUGAAGGAGGAACAACAGCAGGUCGUAGCAUUCUUAGACUGGCAAGCAGAUUGGUGGUGGAAUCAGCGAGAGCACCAUGACUUGGAGUCCCUAGAUGACACCUUGAGGGAAGGUUUGGCAGCAUAUGCUGAACGCCAGGCCUCACUACGUCGGCAGUUGUCAACUCAUUUCCAGAUCUUGUGGACUCCU